AGAUAGAGUUCUUGGAAAAUACUAUGAGUGGGUGUAUAAGGGUUUUGGGUUUGGGUUAUGUUGAUUUAACUCAAGUAUAUCUUGUACUGUUAUUAUUCUCAUAGUGAAGUACUCUAUCCGGUGAUGUAGGCAGGAUUUUGCCGAACCUCGUUAAUCUCUUGUGCAUUAUCUUUAUUCCUUGUUUUUAUUAUUAUGUUCAACUGUGGUUUAUUUUGUGGUGUGGUUAUUUCUGAAUCUCACAGUGAAAAAGCACUACGAGUGGUAUCAGAGUUUUAUUUCGUGUGAGAUUCAGAUUUGUUCACCAUGAGCGGUGCAAACAACUUGCAAUUUUCAGUUCAGCAGUUUAACGGUAAAGGUAGCUUACUCUUUGGCAUAGGAGAGUAAAGGACCCCAUGGUUCAACAAGGUUUGGCACAUUUGAGGGGAUCAAAGAUGGAAAACCUGAAGGAAUGAAAGAUGAGACGUGGGAAGAGCUGGAGUCGCGGUGCAUUAGCACAAUACGACAUUAUACUAAGAGAGACAACAGGUUCAGAUCUAGUUCCAAAGGAAGGGGUAGGGUGUGCAGUGCUACGGAAGUAAAGAAUUCAGUCACAUCAAACGUUUUUGUCCUUUGAAUAAAAAUAAGAAAAAGGAUGAAGCUGGUUCGAGUGUUAAUUUUUGUGUAUAGCAAAAGAAGAUUUCGGAUUUGUCCUCACGAUAUCUGAAGGUAAAAACACUUCUCCUAGUGAUGCUUGGGUUUUAGAUUCUGGUUGUAUAAUGCAUGUUUGCUCCAGGAAAGAUUAUUUUGACACAUUCCAUGAAUGCAAGGAUGGUAACCUAUUUAUGGGUGAUGGAUAUCCUUGCAAAGUUGAGGGAUUUGGAACUGUCAAAAUAAUAAUGUAUGUUGGAGUGGUUCACACAAUAGGCGAUGUGGCAUAUGUACCAAAGAUGAGAAAGAAUCUAAUAUCUCUUGGAAGAUUGGACUCCUUGGGAUGCAAAUACUUUGUUGCAGGUGAAGCCAUGGAAAUCACGCGUGGUGGAUUGAUCCUAAUGAAAGGAAGGAAGUGUGGUGGUUUAUAUUGUUGGGAUGGUAGUGCCAUGAAGAUCUCGAUGGGUUGUUGCUGGAAACGGGAAGCGGUGACAAGUUUUCAAGGUAGAGACAAUGGUGAGCGGAUAAAGCCUGUUGGUGGAGACGAGGGUGCAUCGGGACCCUCCUUUGAAGCUAACUAGUGGAGUUAGCUUGGUGCCGCUACACAUGUUUAUUAGUUGUGUAACAUGAAUCGGGAUAGGACCAAAUUUGUUGAUUCAUGUGAUGUGUAGUUGGUGUGUUUUCUGAAGGCUAAUGGUUUAAUUAUUCUUGGUGAUGUUGCGAGUUUUGCAUAGUAUUUUCACCGAGGUGGAGAUUGCUGAAUUUGGUGAAAGUAUUAUGGUAAUUGGAUUGGACCCACAAGUUAAAAGUGUGAGAUAAGCUACAAGGUAAAGAUGAUGCAGCAAUCUUUGACUUAUGGUGGAGCUAAUAGGCGGUGAAGAAAGUAAUGGUUUCAUGCAAUGAAGGAAGCUUGUUGCUGACUCUUCUCCCUAGCUUGGUGCCCACUCAAGGCUUCUGUAUAAAUAGAAGUGUAGCUUGUUUUGUUUUGGGUGUGUAUUCCGUGAGCAAGUUCGAGAGCACAUGGAGGGUGAAAAACAUAGAGAAAUCUUUGUGGGUAAGAGAUAGAGUUCUUGGGAAAUACUGUGAGUGGGCGUACAAGGGUUUCAGGUUCGAUUAUGGCUUGAGGAGAUUCUGUGGGAGAAGAAACAUGGCAUGGAUGAUACCGCUGCAAAGGGGUUUUGAGCUUUCACAAUUCAGAUCAAUUACAUACUUCGCAGGCAGUGAAGGAGAUACAUGAGAUAGUGUCUAUAUGUAAAGCUCUUUUCACAUUACGUUUUCUCAAACAGCUCCAUUUACUUUAUUUUAUUUAUUUAUUCGUUUUUCACCUGCAGGUCGAAUGUUCAUACCGGGUCUUUUCAAGCUCGUGUAAUGUGACGAAACUGUUUUCGUUUUCAGUUACAAUAGUUUGUUGAUUUUUGCACCUAUACGAAUCAAUGGUGUCUAUGUUGAAUACUCUGAAUUUACA